GGCGGCGCCCACAUCAUCGUGGCCCGGGCCUCGACCGAAGCGCCGGGCUUCGGCAUCAUCGGCGCCGUGAAGCAGGAGGUCCUGAAGCGCGUGCCCGGCAGCACCGCCGAGGCCGUCGACUACCCCGCCACGCUCUCCGCCUACCCGCAGUCCGAGUCCGACGGCGUCGUCGCCAUGCGCGCCCUCGUGGCCAACUACAUCGCCAACUGCCCGGCCACCGCGCCCCUCAUCCUGAUGGGCUACUCCCAGGGCGCCCAGGUCACCCUCGACACGCUGGUCGGCCAACAGGUCGGCGCCUUCCCGCCCAACGCCAGCAUCUCCGACGCCCUGCCCGACAGCACCCUCAACCAAGUCGCGGCGGCCGUCGUCAUGGGCGACCCGACCUUCGUGCCCGAGGAGACCUUCCACGUGGGCAACGCGACCCAGCAUGGGCUGUUCCCGCGCGAGUCCUCCAACGUCGCGCGCUUCGCCGCCACGGGGCUGGGCGCGCGCGUGCAGUCCUACUGCAGCGCCGGCGACCCGUACUGCGCCGGCGGCAACUUCUCCAACAUCAUCGUGCACGUCACCUACGUGCAGGUGUACGGCAGCGCGGCGAUC